CAUCACACAGUGGUGGUGGUAUUUGUUCUGCGUGAGUUUCUCUUCUCUCUGUAUGUGUCAUUUAUUCGCUUCCCUGUCACUUAAGGAAGUACAGAUCUAAUAAUAUUAUCAUCGAGGCCGCUUGCUUGCACAUUUGAGAGUGUAUUUGAGAGAGGCUUUUUCAUUCAGUAAUCCGACAUCGCUGGAAAUAGUUUGUUGGUUAACGCAAGUAAUUUCAUUGUUUCGUGGCGAGAUGGACAUACGCAACCCUCGCCAAUCCCAGCUCAUGGAAGGACGAUCUAGGUUUUGCAUUAACAAAUACAACAUACUGUACCUUCUGAAAUCGAUUUGCGUCAUUGUUGCCUCGCUUUGCGUGUCAGCUGCUGCCAUUAUCGUCAUCGUUAACUCUCUUCGGGGUGUGGACAAGGUUCCCAUACUGAGCGUUAUAAACCAAGCGUCGACGAACAUCAUCGAAGGCCUGUCUUCCAUGCAGGAAAAGUUUGCCAACCUCGAGCAAAAAGUGUUUAAGGUAGUAGAAGAAAUUACAACGCCAAGUCAGGUUAAGCUCUGCUCCUACAGCAACGGCUGCGAGCUGAAGAGAAAGCAAACAAUGAUAACCCACUGUUACAGAGUGUUCCAAGAGACACCUCUUACUUGGGGCGGCGCCAGAAAGAAAUGUGAAUUACUCGGUGGCUUUCUGGCCGAAAUCCACGACCAUGCCUCCCUGGAAUACGUGAACCGGCUAUUUGCUCGUAGUGGCAACAGUCUCUGGGUUGGUGCGAGUGACCAGGGUCAAGAGGGCAACUGGAUUUGGGUCAUGUCCAAGAAACCCCUAGUGGUGGAGGACUGGCGGCUGGACCAGCCGGACAAUUACAAAGGCAACGAGCACUGUCUGCAGAUAAAAGAAGACUCGGGAAAAUACUGGAACGACCUAGCUUGUAAUACUACCCUGGGAUAUCUAUGUCAGAAAGACAUGGAUGACUGUGAUGGGUGGCUGCAACUUCAGUGAAAAAGAACC